CCCCUGCGGGUGAAGCUGCCGGAGCCGCUCCUGGCUGAGAUCGAGCUGCGGCUGCGGAACGGGGACGAGCUGCGGCCGGCGCUGCUGGAGGCGCAGGAAUGGGUGAUCCCCGAGAUCCAGGAGCAGCUCCAGGACUACAGGGGAAUGCCGGGAACGGGAGCGGCAGCUGGCGGAGAGACAGCUGGGACACCUGGGGGACAUCCUCUCCAAGUACGAGGAGGAGCGGAGCUCCCCCAUGGCCUUCGCCCUCAGCACCUUCAUGGCCCACGCCGGGAUCCGGCCCCG